AUGCCCCACUUAGAUUUCGAAGAACCCACAACCAAGUGGCACGAGGACCUCGUCCGCGAAGGUUUUGCAGUCAUCAAGGCUGCUGUACCAGAAGACAGAUGCCAAUACUACAUUGGGCAGAUGUUUGACUGGCUCGAGCAAUUCCCGUUCGGCUUUGACAGGAACGACCGUUCCACCUGGACAGAGGAGCAUCUACCUUCACACAUGAAGGGAGGCAUGUAUCACGGAUACAGGGUCCAGCACGAGAGCUUCAUGUGGGAAGCUAGACAAGAGUCUGGAGUAAUUGAUGCCUUCUCCAAGAUUUGGGGCACCGAUGAGUUAUUGGUUUCUUUUGAUGGAAUGAAUUUCACCCUUCCCAGCGGAUCUCCUCUACCGCCCACAGCGCCUUGGCCCCACAUUGACCAAUCGCCAAAGAAAAUUGGCAUGCAGUGUGUCCAGGGCAUCAUCAACCUUGCUCCAAAUGGUCAUGAAGAUGGGGGAUUGUUGAUCAUGAAAGGAUCUUCCGGCCUCAUGGAAGAUUUCUUCAAAGCUCAUCCAGAAGUUGUCGAUCGUCCUACGUGGGGCUCGUCUGACUGGUUUGGGUUCGAGCAAGCAGAGUUGGGCUGGUUCAAAGAGCGCGGCUGCAAGAUUCUCAAAGUCUGCGCUGAUCCAGGUGAUCUGAUCGUCUGGGAUUCGAGAUGUGUACACUACAACCAAGUGCCUCAAUCGCAAAAUCUGAGAGCAGUGAUAUAUGCAUGCUACACGCCAGCUUCUUUUGCGAAGCCAGAUGACCUGAGGAAGAAAGGCGAAUUGUUCGAUCAGAAAGUCGGAACGACUCACUGGCCUCAUGAUAACAUUUUCUCGACCUCGGAAAAAAAGCUAAGAUUAGGCAAGCCUGAUUUUGCCGAGAGAGAUGAGCCUUUUCAUCGACCCGAGGAGAGUGAGCUUGUUCAGAAGUUGGCUGGGAAAAGGCCUUAUUGA